UGCGGCGCCAGAAGCCGGUGGAGCUUGGAAGACAUGGCUGCCUCUCGUUUGCCCCCCGCGACGCUAACGCUAAAACAGUUUAUGAGAAGGCAGCAAGUUCUCCUCCUCUACAGACGGAUUUUGCAAGCAAUUCGGCAAGUUCCAAAUGAUUCUGAUCGCAAAUACUUGAAGGAAUGGGCAAGGGAAGAAUUCAAAAGAAACAAAAAUGCCACUGAGGAGGAUACCAUCCGGAUGAUGAUAACUCAAGGCAAUAUGCAGCUCAAGGAGUUAGAGAAAACACUUGCUUUAGCAAAUUCCUAGCUAUAGCAGCACUAUUCUCCAUGUGGGAUCAGCCCAAAGUCAAGUCAGACUGUUUGUGUGCAUAUAACACUUGGCAGAGUAUCAGAAGAUGGAGCAUGUCAGACCAGACAGAGCAAAGAAAAGUGCAGCAGGAUAUUUGCAUUCUCACUGAAAAAUAUACUCUGUACUUUGAAAGU